AACACAAAUCUCUACUCUAUAGUUUCAUAUACAUUUAGUCUUUUUGUAAUCCUAAGAACAUGGCAAUGAUCAGGAACAAAAACAUAACCUUCUCGUUGAUCAUGAUGUGUCUCAUUGUGGUGUCGCCAAUUGCUAAUGCUCAGCUUGGUGGGCUUGGCGGUCUUGGUGGGCUUCUUGGCGGGCUUACGAGUAUCUUUAAUAUCGAAGGGCUUCUCAUGUGCUCUAUCACUGGCACAGUCUCUACCAAUAACGCGACUUCCGUUCCUCCUUUCCCUAAUGCGGGAAUAGUGUUGCAGUGCGCGGGGCAAAAUGUUUCAAGUACGACUACGAACGCUAAUGGAGUAUUCUCGAUUCCUACUCUUGGAGCCAUCUUUUCGCCUUCAACACUCCUCUCCUCCGGUUGUAGGAUCAUCGUCACGACUCCUCUCACCGCCUGCAACGUCAACCUCCCUGCCAGUGGUUUACUCCAGGCACCUUUAGCUCUACUCGGAACCGCUACCGGCGGCGGCCUCAACAUCUUCAAUCUCAUUCCAGGUGCCUUUAACCUCGUCCGUUAACUGAUUCCAAUCAACUGAGUAUGCUUUAUAUUUGAUCACGGUGUGUUUCCCAUUUUCUGUUUGUUUUUUGUUUUGUCUCAUGACCAAAUAAAGUUUGUUUGCGUAUGCAUGAAUAAGGUCAACAAAAUAAUUAAGGCGUAUGUCUUUGUCUUCAAAGUAUUGUUGUUGUAACUUUUUUUUAAUCUAAUAAGGUCUUAAUAUGCAUGUAUAAUGCUGUAACGGAAUGUAAUGGAAUAAUAUGAAGAAAAACAAUUUAG